GUCUCCGCUGACAAUAUGAAGGCCGAGGCUAAGAAGGAGAACCAGCCAGACCCCAGGGCGCCACCGGGGCCAGGCCCUGUGUGGUUCGAGCCCUACACUAAAACCAAACCCUGGAGGGAGCCACUGAAGGAGAGGCAGAUACAGGAGAAGCCGGUGGCUCCGCCGGUAACCAGCGCUGACACGAGCGGCAAAGCUCCCUCUGCCCUGGUUCGCCUCUCUCUACAGGAAGCCCUGGAGCUGCGGCGGCCGGACUUCAUCUCGCGCUCGCGGGAGCGGAUGAAGAGGCUGGAGCUGCAGGUGGAGGAGCGCAGGCUGCAGGCCGUCUUCGACCAGGAGAGGGAGAAGCUCUUCAACCUGCCGGGACACACGACAGAGCCCGUCCAGCCUGAAGGGCUUCAAGCUGACAGAAAAAGGGCCAUUCCCAGGAGAGAGAUGUUCAUGAGAUCCAAGCAGAUCUACUACCAGCUGCCGGAGGUGAAGCUGAGGUUAGAGGAGGAGAGGAGGAAGGCAGAGUACCGCUCCUACAGACUCAAGGCCCAGCUCUAUAAGAAGAAAAUCACAAACCGCAUCCUGGGCAGAAAGACGCCGUGGCAGUGAUCGGACAGACCUGCUUUAUCAGGGUGCCACAGCUG